AUGGCCAUGUUUUCUGGCGUCCAGUCGCUGCGCCUGCGAACCCUACAAUCCAGCCCCUCCGCCGAUUUCCUUUCGAUGACCUCCGACUCCUAUCCUGGCAGCAAUGGCUUCAUGGACGCGUUCAAGAAGACGGCGCACAGCUCGCAUCCCGACUUCGGCCACCUCACAAUGCUCGUCUUUGAGGCCGUUAUGGAGGUCGUUUGCGUUAGUUUACCGGGCUACAUCAUUGCAAGGAUGGGCAUGUUCGAUGCCGACGCGCAGAAGUUCGUCGCGAACCUGAACACCCAGCUCUUCACGCCAUUCUUCACCAAACUCGCCUCCCAGCUUAGCGCCGAGAAACUGGUCGAACUAGCAGUCAUUCCUUUCAUUUUCGUCGUCCAAGUGCUCGUGUCAUACCUCUCAGCCUUGAUCGUAUCUCGAAUAUGCAAAUUCAAAAAGAGGGGCAAGAACUUCGUGGUAGCAAUGGCGGUUUUCGGUAACUCGAACUCGCUUCCCAUUUCGCUCGUCAUCUCGCUUUCCAAGACCCUGUCAGGACUGCACUGGGGCAGGAUACCCGGCGACAACGAUAACGAAGUAGCUGCUCGCGGCAUCUUGUACCUGCUCAUCUUUCAGCAGCUCGGCCAGCUCGUGCGCUGGACCUGGGGUUUCAACGUGCUGCUAGCACCCGCCAGCGCUUAUAAGGACGAAGAUGAGGGAAGAAGAAGCAUUAUGGAAGAUGGCGAAUACAACGAGGAAGAGACCGAGCGCCUGCUCGACGACUCGCACUCAGACUACGAGUCUGGGAACGCCACCGGCUACACCAGUUACGCCACCUCCGUUUCUUCGUCCGGGUCCUCGAGCGAUUCAGACUCGAUCAUUCAGCGCGAGCACGUUCAGUCUGCGACCGACUUCGCGACACCCACACAUGGCAACACUGUGGUGAAAGGGCAGGGCAGCAUGAAUGGCAAUGCCAACGGCAGUGCCAAUGGUCAUGGCAACAGCGAUAUAGCUAAUGGCUCUGUCUUGCCAUAUAAGCUCGACACGCUCCCCAAGGACCUCAAGGGCUGGUGGUUCCGUGUCAAACGGGCCAUCCAGCGCUCUGGACAAUAUUUGGGUGGAGUUAUUGCUCGCGCCGGCCGACGUGUGUUCCUUGCUCUCCCUCCCUGGAUGCAGCGCACGCUGUCCAAGCUGUAUUCAUGGACAGCAAAAUUCCUCCACGGAUGCUGGGAGUUUAUGAAUCCUCCACUCUGGGCUAUGCUGGUCGCUAUCAUCAUUGCCUCGGUCCCUCUGCUCCAGCACGCGUUCUUCGACCCUGGAACUUUUCUCAGCAAUUCAGUUACCCGCGCAGUUAGCCAAAGCGGCGGCGUUGCUGUCCCGCUCAUUCUGGUCGUCCUGGGUGCGAAUCUGGCCCGGAAUACUCUCCCGCAGGAGACUCACUUGACGGAGGACACGGCUGUGGAGAAGAAGCUCGUCAUUGCGUCGCUGGUCAGCCGGAUGCUUAUCCCUACCAUCAUUAUGGCGCCGCUUCUGGCGAUAACGGCAAAGUUCGUGCCGGUUAGUAUUUUGGACGACCCCAUCUUCGUCAUUGUCUGCUUCCUCCUGACCGGAGCACCGAGCGCUCUUCAGUUGGCACAGAUUUGCCAAAUCAACAACGUCUACAUGGGCGCCAUGUCCAAUCUCCUAUUCCAAAGCUACGUUCCCGACAGCGCGAGCCAAAGCUUGUCAGCCAGUGGCCGCGCCGUGGAGGCAAGCACGUCACCGCAGGCGAAUAUCACGAAAGGUGCAGAACGCUUUACUUAUUCUCUUGCCACAGCCGUCUCCAUUGCCGAACCAGAAAGCAUAUCUCCCUUGAUGAAGGGCAAGCACAAGGAACUUGAUCAGAAGGAUUCGCUCGAUCUUGACAAGGCUGCACGACGAUUUCGCGCGAAUACGAGCGGUAAACGCCUAUCCGGUAGACCGUCUAUCGAACGCCUCGGUUCGUCGAAGGCGCAGAGCAUGGAUGCCAACCCUUCGCUAUCUUCCCUUAUCUCUGACGGCUCUGAUGCCACAAACACCUCUCCGCACAGUCGUCAUUCGCAUGACAACUUGUUGAAACACGUCAGAGCAUGGCUGAAGAAUGAAAAAGCCAGGCGAGCGGCGCGAAAAGCAAAGCGGAAAGUGUCAUCCGUCAAAGAAGCGGCUGCCUCUACUGCCUCCGCGGGGGAGGCCACGCCUGACGGUGCUGCUGCCAAAGAAAGAAGAGGGUCUGAGUCUUCGGAAGGUUCUGUUGCACUUGAGCAGCUAGCAACUAUUCUCGAGAGGACUUUGUCUCUGAAGUCAGUCGAAGGUUCGCCUCGUCAGCGGCGAGCUUCCCAUGGCCGCAAGUUGUCGGCGAUCAUGAAGCGCCGGUCAACUAUUUCGUCAGACACAGAAUAUUUUGAUUCAGUAGAUCAGCUUGUCCCCAGUUGCGACGCUGUUCUGGACAAUUCCAAGACUAUGGCCUACGGUGCAGGGGCCCCUGAGCCCGAGGGCGAAGCUGACACAUCGGGCAAGUCUGCAGGACGACAUGCUACGAAGGAGAAAGAGGCGUGGGCCACGUUCAAGUUCGAGAUCGUUCGACUUGCGCAUACGCUAAAGCUUAAGGGUUGGCGGCGAGUGCCAUUGGACCAGAGUAACGAAAUUGACGUGGAGCGGCUGAGCGGCGCAUUAACAAAUGCCGUCUAUGUCGUUUCUCCACCAGAACAUCUCCAUUCGCAGGAGCGGCGCGAGGAUGGCCCACCGGCACCCAAGAAUCCACCUCCUAAGCUUCUCCUUCGUAUCUACGGCCCACAGGUCGAGCACCUCAUUGAUCGAGAAGUGGAAUUGCAAAUCCUUCGUCGACUUGCUCGCAAACGCAUUGGACCACGCUUGCUCGGAACCUUCGCUAAUGGACGCUUCGAGGAGUAUUUCUACGCCGAGCCACUCACUCCAGAGGAGCUACGGUCCCCGGAAACUUCAAAGCAGAUAGCAAAACGCAUGCGAGAGCUUCACGAAGGUAUCGAUCUUCUACAGAGCGAGCGAGAAGCUGGACCCUUCGUCUGGCGUAACUGGGAUAAGUGGGUCAGCCGAUGCGAACAAAUCGUGAACUGGCUCGACAAGCAGAUCUUAGAAGGGAAGCAGGGGCCGGUUCAGUCUCCGGCCGACAAAUGGAAACAGCGAGGGUUAAUUUGUGGGGUUCCAUGGCCUAUCUUCAGGAGAAUGAUCGAAAAGUACAGAGUCUGGCUUGAGGAGCAGUACGGUGGGAAGGAUAGAGUCAAUGAGCGGCUUGUCUUUGCCCACAAUGAUACCCAGUAUGGAAACAUCCUUCGCAUGAUGCCCGCUAAUGAGUCUCCCCUCAUGCUGCCGGCGAACGAGCAUAAGCAACUCGUGGUCAUCGAUUUCGAGUAUGCAAACGCGAAUCUCCCCGGUCUUGAGUUUGCGAACCAUUUUACCGAAUGGUGCUACAACUACCACGAUCCAGACUACCCUUUCCGUUGCAACACUUCUUACUAUCCCACACGGGAGGAGCAGUAUCGCUUCAUCUACUCCUACCUUCAGCACAAUCCAACCUACAAGGCGCCCGGCGGUUCCGCGUCCAACCCUCCUACUCCAUCUCUUGGUGCUUCUACUCCGCAUCUUGGCCCUCUCCAUACGUCCGGGAGCAGUACGGCACUCGCGGCGACUGCUGCCCCUACUACCAUUUCGGCGUUCAUGUUGGACUCCCGUGCUCCGCCCGGCGGCAAGUAUUCAUACCAAGAUCAAGAGGCCCAGGCUGAGCGCCAGACGGAAGAGGAGGCGGGCAGGCUGAUAGCUGAGACGAGACUUUGGCGGCUUGCAAAUUCAGCGCAGUGGGUCGCUUGGGGAAUUGUCCAGGCUCAUGUUCCUGGUCUCCCAGACUUUGACAAAGAGGAUGCGGCGGAGAUGAGCGAGAAGGCUGCGGAGUUGGAGAGUGCCACCAAGGAGAUGAGGAUUGAAGCCGAUGCAGAAGGCAAGAACGACGGGAGCAAGGAGAAGGGCGAGGAAGAAGAGGCGAAGGGUGCCGACGCCGAAGAUGCGAGCCUUUCUGAAGAGCAGAACGAAGAGGAAGAGUUCGAUUACCUAGGCUACGCACAGGAGCGAGCCAUGUUCGUCUGGGGCGAUGCGAUUCGCCUGGGCAUUAUCAAGGCUAACGAGCUGCCUGAGGAAGUCAGGAAUAGGGCCAAGAUUGUCGAGUACUAA